AUGGCAUCUCAAGCCGCUCAAAUUCAACCCAUGUCAGAUCGUACCCUCGUUACCCCAUCUUUCCCCGCGAAAAGAUUCUCCGUCUCGAGUCGCAAGCACGAAGCAUGGAGCGGCAACAUUGAGCAGCCAAGUACUGCUACUGCUACUGCUACUGCUACUGCUACUGCUACUGCUACUGCUACGGCUACUGCUACCUCCACGGCUACGGCUACGGCUUGGCUCUCUCUCUUGUCGACUUCGGCGAAAUACAUACAGUCCGUCAGCGCUCUCCACGUUCCACAUUCGUGA